CUACGUUAGAUUUGCAGACAUUUUGAUCUACAGUCAUGUCUGGAACUCCAUUCUUGACUGCAGUUGCUCGGAUCAUUACUAGACAUAAACUGUAUAACAUUCGUUUGCAUACGUCUUCUUAUACAGCAAUGGCGCUGACUCAAGUUUCGUCCAACAAGUGCUUUGAUGGUUUCCAGAAGGUGUUCGAGCAUGACAGCACAGAACUAAAAUGCAAGAUGAGGUUCGGCAUUUAUUUACCUCCAAAAGCAGAAAGUGGAAAAUGUCCUGUGCUGUACUGGCUCUCCGGGUUAACAUGCACAGAGCAGAACUUCAUUACUAAAGCAGGCAGCCAGCAAGAAGCAGCUGAGCAUGGAAUCAUUAUUGUCUGCCCGGACACCAGUCCCCGUGGCUGUAAUAUAGAAGGAGAGGAUGAGAGCUGGGACUUUGGUACAGGAGCUGGCUUUUAUGUGAACGCCACAGAGGACCAGUGGAAAGUAAAUUACAGAAUGUACUCCUACAUCACAGAAGAGCUUCCUCAUUUGAUAAGCUCAAACUUUCCUGCUGACUCUGAAAGGAUGUCAAUUUCUGGACAUUCCAUGGGCGGCCAUGGGGCUUUGAUUUGUGCCCUCAAGAACCCUGGGAAAUAUAAGUCUGUUUCAGCUUUUGCUCCGAUCUGCAACCCAAUGCAGUGUCCCUGGGGACAGAAAGCGUUCAACGGAUAUUUGGGCUCAGAUAAAUCAAAAUGGGAGAGCUAUGAUGCUACAGUCCUGGUGAGUGCCUACUCCGGCCCACAGCUAGACAUUCUCAUUGACCAGGGCAGAGAUGAUCAGUUUCUGGCUGCAGGACAGCUGCUUCCGGAUAACUUCAUUGCUGCUUGUACAGAGAAGAAAAUCCCUGUGGUCUUCAGACUGCAGCAGGGGUAUGAUCACAGUUAUUACUUUGUCUGUUCGUUCAUUAGCAACCACAUCAAGCACCACGCAAAGUACCUGAAUGCGUAAGGAUUCAUCAGCUGUCACUGGGGGCUUGAGGUGUUGCACAUUGCUCAUCAGAGAAUACAGUCUAAGUGUGUCGAUGUAAUGUUCCACCUUUCAAUCAAUGAUUUUGUAACGGUGUGGGCAUCGCUUUGAUCAGAAUGUUGAUCGUAAAGUAUGGGAGCAUGCAAGUAUUAAAAUACAUUUUGCAAUAAACUGGUUUGUUCAACAAA